GUGUCCAAAUGACAUGUCAUCAACACACUUACAAACUAAUGCCAACACACUAUCUCUUUCCAUAAUAAAUCAAUAAAGAAACUCUAUUGUUCAAGAUUCAAUAAUACGAAGAAACUAGUAAGCUCCUGACCAAGCAUCAAUGGUAAGCCUGAAAGCAGGAAGCAGACCACCAUGGGUGGGUCUAGGAGCAGCAGUUUGGCUUCAAAUAGCUUCGGGGAAUGCAUACAACUUCCCUCUUUAUUCCCAUUCUUUGAAAUCAGUGCUUGGCUUUAGCCAACACCAACUCACAAUGCUUGGUGUUGCUAAUGAUAUUGGCGAAAACGUUGGCCUCCUUCCCGGUAUUGCCUCAAACAAAUUACCUCCUUGGCUUGUUCUCUUCAUUGGUUCUCUUGCUUGCUUCUUUGGUUAUGCUGUUAUCUGGCUUGCUGUCACUCGCACUGUUGAGUCCCUCCCUUAUUGGUUGUUAUGGAUUGCACUUUGUGUUGCCACCAACAGUAGUGCUUGGCUGAGCACGGCUGUGCUUGUAACCAACAUGAGAAACUUCCCUUUCAGUCGAGGCACUGUCGCUGGUAUUCUCAAAGGUUAUGGGGGACUCAGUGCUGCUGUAUUUACUGAAAUUUAUAGUAUGCUGCUCAAUAAUUCCUCUUCCAAGCUAUUGCUGUUCCUUGCACUGGGGGUUCCUAUUCUAUGCUUCAUGAUGAUGUAUUUUGUUAGGCCUUGUACUCCAGCUUCUGGUGAAGACUCCAAAGAGCAUGGACACUUUCUUUUCACCCAAAUAGCUAGUGUUGUGCUUGGCUUCUUUAUUCUAACAACCAUAGUAUUGGAUCAUAUGUUUCAUUUAAGUGCCUCAAUGUCUUAUGCUUGUCUUGCUACAAUGAUCAUCCUUCUCAUGGCUCCUCUGGCUAUUCCUGUAAAGAUGACAUUUUUCCGAAAGAGAACUAGCAAAUCAGAGAUACUUGACCAACCAUUUGGGUCAUUGGACUGUUCAAAUCAAGGAGGAAAUGCAGACAAAACAGAGCCACUGCUGGAGCCAUCUUCAUCAACAACAGACUUAAGAAGCUUUCACGAGAGCAAUGAUAUGUCAGAGGUUGCUAUGCUUCUUGCUGAAGGUGAGGGUGCGGUUAAGAAGAAGAGGCGCCCCAAAAGAGGGGAAGAUUUCAAGUUUAGAGAAGCUGUAAUCAAGGCAGAUUUCUGGCUUCUUUUCUUAGUUUAUUUUGUUGGAGUUGGCUCUGGAGUAACAGUUCUCAAUAAUCUGGCUCAAAUAGGGAUUGCACAAGGUGUGCAUGAUACAACAAUCUUGUUGUCUCUCUUCAGUUUUUGUAACUUUGUGGGUCGACUUGGUGGGGGAAUUAUUUCUGAACAUUUUGUCAGGUCAAAAGCAAUUCCCCGUACAAUCUGGAUGACUUGCACUCAAGUAAUCAUGAUCAUUACGUACCUACUGUUUGCUUCUGCUAUUGACGGUACUCUUUUUGCUGCAACUGCAUUACUUGGGAUCUGCUAUGGUGUUCAGUUCUCUAUUAUGAUUCCAACUGUCUCUGAGCUUUUCGGCUUGAAGCAUUUUGGUAUAUUCUAUAACUUCAUGUCAUUAGGAAAUCCUCUUGGUGCAUUUCUUUUCUCUGGCCUCCUAGCAGGGUAUAUAUAUGAUAAUGAAGCAGCAAAGCAGCAUGGAACUAAUCUGCUCAAUCCCAAUGUAUCUUGCGUGGGUCCCAAUUGCUUCAGGAUCACCUUCUUGGUUCUGGCUGGUGUCUGUGGUGCAGGAUCCAUCUUGGGCAUCAUCUUAAAUGUUAGAAUAAGACCUGUUUACCAAAUGCUUUAUUCUGGGGGUUCCUUCAGGUUGCCUCAGAGCUCAAAUAAUUGAGAAGAUUGAAGUGGAUCAUGGAAGCUACAAAACUUUAUAAGCUAUUUUGUUGGAGCACGUCAUAGUUGAGGUACUCAUCAGCAUUGCAGUUCUGACGAAGUGCCAAACAUGAACUCAGCAGAUCAUAAAUACUGAUACAAUUAAAAAGUGAAUAUUUAAGUGUGUGCGAUUGCUAUAACAUGUAUAUGGUAUAGCUUUGUAGAAUAUGUUUGCGAUCUAAUAAUUGUUUUUAUGUAUUGGUCAUGGUAAAACUGAAACAUGCUCUUCAGCUAAUAAUCAUCUGGAAGACUAGCUUGAAUGUCUAUGGUGUAGAAGUUUUUUACUUUCGCAGCAGGGUUGACAUGUUCUGGUGGCCCUAUUUUGUAGACUAUACUACUUUAUUAAGAGAUGUAGAAGCUGUAGUGGUAGUUAUGAAUCUUUAUUGAAGCGGCUAAUCAAUGCAUGUAGAUCUCAACUGCUUCUUGUUCAGUACUCAAGAACGAGACAGAGAUGUGAAGAAAAGAAAAAAAACUGUAUGUGUUUGUAAA